CCAGCGCUUCACAUAAACAUACGUGUCUCCGCCUAGACUGACGAACUCACCUACAUGUUUUGUUGAACUCUUUCACUGGGCUAUCUAGAAGACGUCAAACCUCCGUAGAAAUCGAGCAAAAGAAAAUCCGGAGUGACCGAAACACGAGGAACAAGAAUGGUUCUGGGGUUGUUGCUGACGGCUGUUGCUGCUAUUGCGGCUUCGCCGCCUGUCCAAGUGUCCUUACGGACGUCGUGGCCAGCAUCGCCUUUUCUCAUCGAAGUCAUCGAAACAGUAGCCCUCGAAUCUCCUGCAUCCUUCUUCCCGUUCCUCGAUUGUGUAACCGACCCCAAUGAACUCGUACAUUCCCAAAAAUCGGUCCCAGAGGCAGUUUAUAAAUCCAGUCUUGCACUCGCCGUAUCUCAUGGCUUUUUACCUGAUCCCGGUGCUCUUGCGGCUGUGGAAAUGAAUUUAGCACUUCAUGCGGCAUCCCCCAAGAUUCAGGCUUUCUAUCAUUAUUAUAAUACCACCAACAGCGAGAGAGAGGUGGAGUGUGGGUCCUGGGUUGAUUGGUAUGGGACGACAGUGUGCGACGUUGAAACACUUGCACAACUUGCAGGGGUAGAAACGAUAGAUCCGUCAGAGAAGCCCGAUUCUAAGAGUACCUUGAAUAGACCUAAAGUUCUGCCCUUUGACCACAUAUACCCUCUUCCAUCCCUCGGCGAUACAACUCCACCUCGCACUGCGAUCCUAUAUGCAUCUCUUCAGUCUUCCAACUUUCGCGAGUUACACGAGUAUCUUUACAAGUUAGCAAGGCGCACGGACGGACCGCCUUUAGUGGAGUACAUCCUGAGGCACAUACCACCAAACGUACCUCAGGGUGGAUAUUUAAAGACCUAUUUGUCGGGAUACAGCGUUGCACUUGAUCUGAAACAAAUGGAUUAUCUUGCCUUAGAUGACAGACAUUUAAAAAAGCAGGGCGCGAACGCAAAUAACGGAAAUGGGGUGGAUGACAUCAAUACUUUUGACCCCAUACCCAACCUUAUUAAUGCGUAUCCUGAACCCGACCCUCAACAGAUGGAAACCGUGUCCUCUUCUGAGGACACCUCCGGUUCGGUGAAAGAAAGGGAAAAAGAGGCAAUUGCUUCCCUUGGUCUGCAAGCCGCGCAAUUGCUAUAUGACGCCGCGUCGAGUCACAAUCCUAUCCAAGUACUCACUCGGCUAUCCCAGAACUUCCCCAAAUAUCUACCAUUACUCAAUGGUCCGAAUGGUCCGCGGAUUCAGAUUUCCUCUGAACUUGCCGAAGAAAUCCAUAACAACCAGCUGCGUGCUCAACCGGGAGGAAAUGUGAUGUGGAUAAACGGACAAAUGAUACAGGACGGGGAGGUCAAUCCGUUCGGAUUAUUGAAGAUCUUACAGAAAGAGAGGGCGAUAAUCAAAACACUAACAUCGUUUGCUUUGGGCGAGAAGAAUGAGAGGUGGCUGGGUAACGGGCAGGCAAUAGAGUUGUUAACGCAUAAGAAAAUUGCGGUGGCACAGGACACGAGCGGGAGCGGCGCGGUUGUCGAUGGCUUGGUAGAUGUAAGCGAUCGUCCAGAACGAGAGGGAACCGUAGUCGUCUGGUGGAAUGAUCUUGAAAAGGACUCCAGGUACACACGAUGGCAGCCCUCGAUUCACGGUAUCCUACAACCGCUCUAUCCCGGUCAGUUCCCCUCUGUGAAACUGAACCUCUUUAAUGUCGUCCUCGUACUCGACCUAUCGAAAACAUCAUCCGUCAACUUUCUCGUGGGGGCCGUAAGUAACAUCAUACAGAAGGGUUUCUCGUUUAGAUGGGGUAUCGUUCCGUUUACAGCUUCCGAACCUGGAAUGAAAAUGGCAAGGUUGUUCUAUUACUUAGUCCAAAAUCAUGGACGGAAGAAUACCAUGGAAAUGUUGAGAAAGGUCUCACAACUACAAAUACCUCCAGACAGCCAGACCCCUUCCGUCAACUGGAAAGAUGUUCGAAGUGCAUUUGCAGACUUGAUGGCCGACUCAGACCCAGAGAAAGUUGUCGAUUUCGAACAACUUCUGAGCGGGAAGUCCUUGGAAGGAAGUGAAAUGUUAGACAAAAUACAGGUGUCUAUCGUAAAGUCCAACGACUACGCAAGGAGAUUGGGCCUAGAGGAGAAUGGUGGAAAGGGACAUGCAUUCGUGAAUGGGAGAUACUUUGAGAUGGGCGAUAGCUUCUUGAAUCAAAUGCAGGUCGAAUCCAGGGGUCAACUACAGUACCUUCAAGAACAGCUUUACGAGGGACACAUCGUUCAGCCAUCUCCUGACCCAGAUGACCCGGAGAAGAAGCCUUUCUCUAUGUCAAACUUCUUCAAUGAUCUGCCCACUACAUCAAAGAGGAGAAACAAGUAUAUUGUGCCUCCCUCCGCCGACAAGCUGAAACUGGUGAAUCUCCCCGAAGUUGUCGAACGGUCGGAAUGGAUGAUUCCGAAGGGCGGUUAUAUCUAUCCCGGAGGAUCUGAACUUCUUCCCCUCACGGUAUACGUCAUUGCGGAUUUCAACAAGCAUGAUGGACUGUCGUUUCUUAAGGAGGCCUUGUUGAGCGUUGAAGCCGAUUCUCCAGCCCGUAUUUCGUUUAUACACAACCCCGUCAACCCGGUCAUUCCUGAGACGCUGAAAUCCCCUCCCAUGUCUGCGUUCUUUUCGCAUCUGAUAUUCAACGAAAAGCUGGAAAGCAUAACUCCCAACACCCUGUUAACUGCACUAGGAUUUGGUGAUGAAGUAGGAGAUGACCCGGAACAAGUCCCUGUAACGCAAGGUGAACAGAUGCGUGCCAUCUUGGGGGAUGUUAGACCACACCAGCUAGAUUACUUCAAUCAUACCAAAUAUGUUGACAUGGGCAGGAGGUUUCUCAAAGGGUUGGGAGUAAACCCUGGUGACAAAGGUGUAGUCAUCAACGGAAGAGUCAUAACACCUUUGGGGCACAAUGAUUUCCGAGCGGAUGAUUUCCAAGCGUUGCAGGUGUACGAAUUGCGAAAGAGAGUGAAGCCCGUCGUCGAGGCUUUGGAGGACGUCAAGGGUGAGCUGCGGUCCAAUGAUAGAGCGUCCCUUUCCGAUCUCAUUUCCAUGAUUUCCUCGUUUAUCGCUGCCAUUCAAUUGCCGGAUCCAAGCGAAGUGGGCUUGUUUGAUGCACCCCAGAGGCCGAGAUCAAGACACUACCAGAAGCUGGAGGGUGAAUAUACCUGCUUCGAAUAUGGUGAUAACGCGACAGCGGUUUACCAGGUCGCGGCGUUGCUGGAUCCUUUGAGUGAGACUGCACAGAGGUGGUCGAGUCUUCUGGAGUGGAUCUCAAACAUCCCUGACAUUUCGAUUGAAAUUCGAUUGAACCCUGCGAGAUAUAAUGAGGUGCCGCUCAAGAGGUUUUUUAGAUACAACCUCCGACCAUCAUUGACUUUUGGUGAAGACGGGUACGAGAUUCCUGCACAGACCGUCUUAGAUGGUUUGCCAAUCGAACCGAUCUACACUCUUGCGAUCGACACACCCUCGUCGUGGCUCGUCAGGCCUCGCGAAGCGCUGUACGACCUCGAUAAUAUUCAGUUGAAUCACCUUGCACCCGAGGAUAACAACGUCGAUGCUAUCUUUGAGCUGGAUUAUCUUGUUGUGGAAGGUCAUGCCAGAGACACGAAUACGAACGCCCCUCCACGCGGUGUCCAACUACAACUGACAAGUGGUAACGCGACCGAUCCCAUUCCGAUCGACGAUACGCAAGUUGUGGCCAACCUUGGAUACUUCCAGUUUAAAGCUACGCCUGGCGUGUUCCGAUUAGGUAUCAGAGAAGGAAGAGGUCGGGCUAUAUUUGAGAUGGAGAGUGUUGGGAAUGAAGGGUGGGAUAGUCCUAGUGUAGCUGAAGUUGGAGACGAGAUUACAGUCACGAGCUUUGAAGGGCUGACCUUGUAUCCGAGGUUUUCGAGGGAAAAAGGGAUGGAGAAGGUGGAUGUUCUGGCUGAGGGCGACGAUGAAGAAGAUGAGGGUUUUGUCGGUAAUUUUGUCAACAGUAUCAAAUCGAUCUUCAGUCCAAAGGAAACCUCGCUCAGUGUCGUCCAUGGAAGUGAACAAGCAGAAAUCAACAUUUUCACAGUUGCUUCUGGACUCUUAUACGAGCGUUUCGUUGGAAUCAUGAUUUUGAGUGUUCUCAGGAACACCAAGAGCACCGUCAAGUUCUGGUUCAUCGAGAACUUCCUUUCCCCCUCUUUCCUCGAAUUUAUACCACAUCUGGCUUCAGCCUACAACUUCCAGUACGAGUUGGUCACUUACAAAUGGCCAUCCUGGCUGCGCGCGCAAAAGGAAAAGCAACGUAUCAUCUGGGCAUACAAGAUCCUAUUCUUGGACGUCUUGUUUCCAAUGGAUCUGGAACGGGUCAUUUUCGUUGAUGCAGAUCAGAUUGUCAGAGCGGAUUUGAAGGAGCUUGUUGAUUUGGAUUUGAAAGGCGCGCCGUACGGAUACACGCCGAUGGGAGAUGAUAAUUAUGAUAUGGAAGGGUUCAGAUUUUGGAAGACAGGGUAUUGGAAGGACUUUUUGCAGGGAAAACCGUAUCAUAUCAGUGCCCUAUACGUCGUAGACUUGGUGCGGUUCCGAAAGAUUGCUGCGGGAGACAUCCUUCGUGGGCAAUAUCAGGCUCUGUCUGCAGACCCCAACUCGCUUGCUAAUCUUGACCAAGAUCUACCCAACAAUAUUCAGCGUGAAGUUCCGAUUUUCUCGCUACAUGAAGACUGGUUAUGGUGCGAAACCUGGUGCAGCAAAGAUCGUCUUCAUAGGGCGAAAACGAUAGACUUAUGUCAAAACCCAUUGACGAAAGAACCAAAGCUUUCUAGAGCUCGCCAAAUUCCCGAAUGGGAAGAAUACGACAGCGAAAUUGCCAGGUUCGCGAGAAAACUGGCGGAAGAGGGAAAGAUCAAGUCAAGAAUUGCGGCAGCGGAUGCUAAUGUUCUGGCCAAUGCUGGGUCUUCUGGAAAAGAAGUGACGGAGAAGGAAGGCGUUGACCAUACCUCUGAAAAGAUUGAAAAGGGGGUUGAUGGUGAAACUCCGAAAGAUGACACCAACGAGGCACCGAGAGACGAGUUGUAGACGGAAAGGUUGAAUAACUAUUUCAUAUUUUUAAUACGGUGGUUUGAAAGUGAUUUAUGUGAUACUGGUAUUAUUUCUACGAAGCACCAGGUGUUAUGUAAACGGAUAAAGCGAUGGUCAGACUCGA